AUGUCCUCCUUAACCGGCAAAGUCUACGCAAUAACAGGCGGCGCAAGCGGCAUCGGCCUAGCCACCGCCAAACUCAUCUCCUCCCGCGGCGGCACAGUCUGCAUCGCCGACGUCGACCAAGACGCCCUCGGCAACGCCUCCUCCUUCUUCGCCGCCCAGUCCCCGAGCACGCCGCACAUGGUCUCGCGGGUCGACGUCUCCGACAAGGCCCAAGUCGAAACCUGGAUCGCGGACAUCAAGACCAAAUUCAACCGACUCGACGGCGCGGCAAACGUCGCCGGCAUAAUCGGCAAAGAUCACGGCCUCAAGCCCGUGUCCGAGCUCGACGACGACGAGUGGCACAGGAUCAUCGCCGUCAACCUCACCGGCAUGAUGUACUGCCUCCGAGCGGAGCUGAAUGCCAUCGAGGACAGUGGGUCGAUCGUGAACAUGGCGUCCAUACACGCUACGAACGGCAUGGCAAACCACGGCGCCUACGCGGCCAGCAAACACGGCGUGCUCGGCUUGACCCGGGCCGCGGCGAAGGAGAACGGCGCGAGGGAGGUGAGGGUGAACGCGGUCGCCCCGGGGCCGAUAUACACGCCCAUGAUGCAGUCGUACUGGGACGCGGUGGAGAGGCCGGCCGACGCGCCCUUCGACGAGCCGAUUGCGUUCCGGCGGCAGGGGACGGCGGAGGAGGUGGCGAACGUGGUUGUGUUUUUGCUGGGGCCGGAGAGCUCCUUUGUUAGUGGGAGUUGUUAUGCUGUUGAUGGUGCUUGGAUUUGA